AUGGACGGUGAAAAUAUAAAUUAUCACGGGACGCAUUUGUGGGCGAGCGCAGUAGUUCUAUCCGCAGUGGUUCAAAAGCUAGGCAUCUGUCGCGAUAAGAAAGUGCUUGAACUUGGCUGCGGCUGUGGCCUGCCAGGGCUAGUGGCAGCGCAAGAAGCUGAGUUGGUCGUUUUUACGGAUGGGUUUGAAUCUGGCUUGCUUUCCGCCCAGAAAGCGUUGGAAAUUAACCAGACAGUGGCGAAGACAGAAGUGAAGAGACUCAAAUGGGGUGAUAAGGAGGUCUUGCAAAACAUGAAUCGCAUCGAUAUUGUCUUGGUAGCUGAUUGUUUGUACCCAGAUGUCUCCAGCUGGAAUGAUUUUUUUCUAACAGUGGUUGAGAUUUUAAAGAAAAACGAAAGUUCCAAAUGUCUUCUCGCAUUUCAUAAACGAAGCACAUCGGUCCAGCUUGACCCCUUCUUUGCAUACUGGAAGCUCAAUGCACGAGUGCUGCCUCUUAGCCACUUUGAGCUGGAUUUAGAGGAUGAUAUUGGCGGCACAAGACUUCCAGGAAACAACACUGGAUCGAUCAUCAUCUAUGAGAUCACUUCUUCUCUUCUUCAAACUUGA